ACGCACCGCCAGAGACACCCCAGUGGCCAGUAGCAGUGUCGCCCGCGCCGCGUCAUGGCGCUCACGCUGCGAGUGCGACACCUGCAGGUGCCCGCCAAGUUCCGCGGAGAGAAGAUCGUCAAGGCAGACUUCAGAGGGGUGUCGCAUUUCUCCAGAGUCCUUGAAGACACAGGGGAAAACAUCGCAGUGGAAGAGCGGUUCGAGUGGCCGGUUGCGCGCCCCGUGGAGAGCCACGAGCAGCUGCAGCUGCAGCUGCUGUCCCGCAGCAGGUACCUCAGCAACAAGCUGCUCGCCGCCUACGCCCUGGUGCUGCAGAAGGUCGUCCAAGAUGGCUGCGUGGCGCUCUCCGACACCAUGCUCGACCUCAACAACAAACCACUGCAGGCGGUGGUCUCGUUCGAGGUGCAGUACGCGCCGCCCGACGGCCCGGCGGGGGGGCCCUGGCCGGACGGGGACGACGAGCAGCAGAUGCUGGUGGACAUCGAGCAGAACAUCGCCAACCUGGAGCGCAGCCUGUCGCAGGGCCGGCGCGGCAGCUGGGGGCAGGAGGAGGAGGCGGGCGGCCAGCGGGGGGCGGCGCGCGUCUUGCGGCGCGGCGGGUCGCUCAGCGCGCCCGAGAAGUCGCCCGCGCCCGAGCGGAAGAGGAGCUCGACGCUGAAGAGCGUGAAGAGCUUCAUGCGGCUCGGCAAGCAGCGGCCGCCCCGUGACGAGGAGGGCCGCCCCCUGCUGGAGGCGGAGCCGCCCCCGCUGUCGCGCUCCGCCAGCCUCGUCUCGUGCUCCAGCGAGGAGAGCCUGCAGUCGGGCCCGCCCCCGGAGGACCGCCCCCGCUCCCGCAGGCUGAAGUCCCUGACGCCGCAGACGGGCUCGGCGCUGAAGGCGCAGGACUUCCAGCUGUGCGUGACGGUGAUCGAGGCGCGCCAGCUGGCGGGGCUGAACAUGGACCCGGUGGUGUGCGUGCAGGUGGGCGACCAGCGCAAGUACACCAGCGUCAAGGAGAGCACCAACUGCCCCUACUACAACGAGUACUUCGUCUUUGAUUUUCACAUGCCCCCAGUCAUGCUCUUCGAUAAAAUUAUAACGUUGUCGGUACUCCAAUCAAGAAACAUUCUCAGGUCUAACAAAAUGCUGGGCAGCUUUAAGUUAGAUGUGGCAACGGUGUGGUCCCAGCCAGAUCACCAGUUCUACCACAAGUGGGCGCUUCUGACGGAUCCCGACGACAUCGCUGGCGGACCGAAGGGCUACCUCAAGUGCGACAUUAGCGUCAUCGGCAAGGGAGACACGAUAAAAGUUCCCCCGAAAAGCGAGAAAGAUGAAGAUGACAUAGAAGCGAACCUGCUGCUGCCGGACGGAGUCCCCGUGGAGCGGCAGCGCGCGCGCUUCAUCGUGCGGGUGUACCGCGCCGACGGGCUGCCCAAGAUGAACCUGUCCAUAGUGGCCAACGUUAAGAAGGCCUUCACCGGCGAGCACAGGGACCUCGUUGACCCCUACGUCCAGGUGUCCUUCGCCGGCCUCUCGGGCAAGACGAGCGUGAAGAAGCACAGCUACGCGCCGGUGUGGAACGAGCAGCUGAUCUUCACGGAGAUGUUCCCGCCGCUGUGCCAGCGGAUCAAGAUCCAGCUGCGCGACAACGACCCGGUCAACGACACCGUCAUAGGCACGCACUUCAUCGACCUCAAGACCAUCUCCAACGACGGGGAGAAGGGGUUCCUGCCGACGUUCGGGCCCAGCUUCGUGCACCUGUACGGCUCGACGCGCGGCUACAGCCUGCUGGACGAGCACGCGGGCCUCAACGCCGGCCUGGGCGAGGGCGUGUCCUACCGCGCGCGCCUGCUGCUCGCCAUCCGCACCGAGGUCACCGACUGCGUGGACCUGGCGCCCUGCGAGGUCGAGCUCGAGCCCACCUACCCCGUCAACGAGGCCUCCUACGGGAAGAACGAGGAGUUCUUCCUGUUCGCCACGGUGCUGGACGCCACGAUGAUCGACAGGCGGCUGGGCGACAAGCCCAUGUUCAUCGAGAUCAGCAUCGGCAACGCCGGGAACACCAUCGACGGGCACAACCAGUCCGUGUGCAGGGACGCGAGCAGCUCCGACAGCGAGGAGAACCUGGCGGAGGUGGUGAGCGCGGACGCGGCGUCCUGGCAGAGCACCACGCCGCCCAUCAGGCCCAUGACGGGCGACCGGGUCUACUACUACCUGCCCUACUGGGACGACAAGCCGUGCAUGCACGUGCGCAGUGCCUGGCCCGACUACCGCCGCCGCAUGUACAACUCCAACAUCAUCGCCCGGAUCCUCGACAAGCUGGAAGAAGGCCUGUCGGAAGUUCACGGGCUGCUAGAGCUGGAGGACCCCGGAGGGGAGCCCCGGCUGCGCUCCGUGCUGGACGAGCUAGCCGCCGGCUGCGCGCGUUAUGCCUCCGUCGCCAAGGGCAACGGCUCCUCCGCCGGCGUGGGCCGCACCAAGCUCGACAAGGAGCGCGCCAAGCUCUGCCUCAGAGAAGUGGAGCAGAUAGGAAACAUGGCCCGGAACCUCAAGGCACUUGUGACGAAACAUUCGUUCAAGGACAGAUACAAGACUGCGCUAACAUACGUGCAAAAACUUAAAUAUUUAGUUGAAGAUCCGCAGCACGCCAUGCCGGACGUGUUCGUGUGGCUGAUCAGCGGCGGCAAGCGCACCGCCUACCAGCGGCUGCCCGCGCGCGACCUCAUCUACUCCAUCGUGGAUGAGGAGUGCGGCCGCGACUGCGGCAAGGUCCAGAUGCUGCUGCUCAAGCUGCCGGGCAAGAAGGGCGCGGGGCCGAGCGGCUGGGCGAUCCAGGCCAAGCUGCAGAUGUACAUGUGGCUGGGGCUCGUCAAGCACAAGAAGCACUUCGUGGACGGCCUGCCCGAGGGCUACGAGCUGUCCCCGGAGAUCCGGAACGCGGAGAGGCCGAGGGCGCUGCCCCCGUCCGUCAUACACUACGUCGAGAAGCACACGUUCCAGCUGCGCGCGCACAUGUACCAGGCGCGCUCACUCAUCGGCUCCGACGCGUCGGGACUGUCCGACCCGUUCGCGCGGGUGGUCGUGGGGGAGUUCUGCAAGGCGACGCAGGUCAUCGACGAGACGCUGAGCCCCACCUGGGACGAGCUGCUCGUGUUCGACGGGAUCCUCGUGUACGGCACCGCGCGGCAGAUCAAGGCCGAGCCGCCCGACAUCGUCGUCGAGAUCUUCGACCAGGACAAGGUCGGCAAGUCGGAGUUCAUCGGGCGGGCGAUCGCGAAGCCGCGCGUGAAGCUGCUGGGGGAGCCGUACGGCCGGCCAGAGUUCCCGCCGGCGCUCGAGUGGCACGAGAUCGCGCGCGGGCCGGACCGCGCGGGCGAGCUGCUGGCCGCCUUCGAGCUGCUGCAGCUCGCGAGCACGGCAGACAGCGACCUGCCGGCGCUGCCCGAGGCGAAGGCGACGGCCGAGGCCCAGGACCAGGACACGGGCCCCAUCCUGCCCGUGCCGAGGGGCAUCCGGCCCACGCUGGCCAAGUACAGGAUCGAGGUGCUGUUCUGGGGACUGCGGGACCUGAAGCGGGUGCACCUGCUCACCGUGGACAAGCCCCGGGUGGACAUCGAGUGCGCGGGCCACAUCCUGCACUCGUCCGUCAUCCAGAACGCCAGGAAGAACCCCAACUUCAACAACCCGGUCAAGUUCCUGGAGCUGGAGCUGCCGGAGCAGGAGCUGUACCGGCCGCCGCUGACGGUCCGGGUGGUGGACUGCCGCAGCUUCGGCCGCUACACGCUGGUGGGCACGCACACCAUCAGCUCCAUCCACAAGUACAUGUACGUGCCGGCCACCAAGCGCGAGCGGGACGCUGAGGAGCGCAAGAGGUCCCUGCUGCAGCUGCAGCAUGUUGAUCCAAACAACCCCAACCAACUGUCGACGAGCACGUACAAUGUUGUUGACAGCGAUAAAGAAAUAAGUCCUUUGCUUCCAAAAGAUACUCCGAUUACACUGAGCUACGGCACAAGACAGACAACGAGAAAAGAGAUAAAGACUGAAGUAAACAAGAAACGGAAGCAAAGCCUGACUGAAGAAGUGGAGGACGAAUCAAACCGGGAUUGGUGGACCAAAUACUUCGCCUCCAUAGAAGCAAUGAUAGAGGAGAACAAGGAGGCGCGCAAGGAGACGGCGCAGACGCGGAGCCAGCAGAACGGCGUGCUGCCCACCCGCCCGGAGGACGGCAGCCCGCGCGAGCCGCGGCGCGAGCUGUCCUGGACGAGCGACCGCAGCGAGCGGCGCAAGGUCACGCUCAAGGGCGCGGCGGCCGCCGCCAAGAUCGUCGCCAGGCUCAGCCCCAAGAGCGUGCGGCGGAAGAGGGAGCUGGGGAACGCCACCAUGAAGAUCUACUCCGGGGAGCUGGAGAUGCAGCCGGAGUACAACGGCUUCAAGGAGUGGCUGCUGACCUUCGACCUGUACCGCGGGAAGAAGACGGGCGACGACGCGGAGGACGACAGCCGGGUCGUGGGCGCGUUCAAGGGAGCCAUCAAGGUGUACAAGUGGCCCCUGCCCAAGGACAUGGAGGACCACACGAUAAUGGGCCUGGACCCCCAGUACGGCUUCUUCCAAGGGCUGCCGUCCAACGACCCCAUCCACGUGCUGGUGCGGGUGUACGUGGUGAAGGCGAGCGACCUCCACCCCAUGGACCUGAACGGCAAGGCCGACCCCUACGUGGUGCUGCAGCUGGGCUCCAAGCGCGUCAGCGACAAGGACAGCUACAUCUCCAAGCAGCUCAACCCGGUGUUCGGCAAGUGCUUCGAGAUAGAGGCCACGUUCCCGCAGGACUCGAUGCUGACGGUGCAGGUCCUGGACUGGGACCUGGUGGGCGCGGACGACAUGAUCGGCGAGACGCGCAUCGACCUGGAGAACAGGUUCUACAGCCGGCACCGCGCCACCUGCGGCAUCGCCAGGAAGUACGAGGACUCCGGCUACAACCGCUGGCGGGACCCGAUGAAGCCCACCCAGAUCCUGGCCAAGCUGUGCAAGGACGGCAAGAUGGACGCCCCGACUUACACCAACGGCAAGGUGAAGCUGGGGCGGCACACCUUCUACCUGCAGAGCGACGAGGCAGAGUGCAGCAUCAACACCAAAGCCGUGGCUGUCUGCGCAGGUCUGGAGGAGCACAUGGCGCUGGCCGUGCUUUACCGCUGGCACGAGUUCCCUCGCGUCGGCUGCCGGCUGGUGCCGGAGCACGUGGAGACGCGGCCGCUCUACAACCCCGACAAGCCGGGCAUCGAGCAGGGCAAGCUGGAGAUGUGGGUGGACAUGUUCCCCAUGGACAUGCCGCUGCCGGGACCGCCCGUGGACGUGUCCCCGCGCAAGCCCAGGUCGUACGAGCUGCGCGUCGUCGUCUGGAACACGGACGACGUGGUGCUGGAGGACGACGCCUUCUUCACCGGCGAGAAGAUGUCCGACAUCUACGUGAAGGGGUGGCUGAAGGGCCCCGAGGACUGCCAGUGCACGGACAUCCACUACCGGUCGCUCACCGGCGAGGGCAACUUCAACUGGAGGUUCGUCUACCCCUUCGACUACCUCGUGGCCGAGGAGAAGAUAGUCAUCUCCAAGAAGGAGUCGCUGUUCUCCUGGGACGAGACGGAGAGCAAGAUCCCGGCGCGGCUGGAGCUGCAAGUGUGGGACGCCGACCACUUCUCCGCCGACGACUUCCUGGGUGCCAUCACGCUCGACCUGAAUCGUUUUCCCCGAGGGGCGAAGUCCUCGAAGCUCUGCACGCUCGACAUGUUGAAAACUGAUGGGUCCGUCCCCAUGGUGAACAUCUUCAAACAGAAGAGGGUCAAGGGAUGGUGGCCCUUCUACGUCAAGAAGGAAAACGAGGAAAUGGAACUUACGGGUAAAGUUGAAGCUGAGAUUCAUUUGCUUUCGAAAGAAGAAGCCGAGAAGAACCCAGCGGGUCUGGGCAGGAACGAACCUGACGCGCUCGAUAAACCCAACCGGCCGGACGCAUCGUUCAUGUGGUUCCUGAACCCCCUGAAGUCGAUCCGGUACAUCGUCUGGCACAACUACAAGUGGGCGAUACUCAAGAUCCUGAUCGCGCUGGCGCUGGCGAUCGUUCUGCUGCUCUUCUUCUACUCUGUCCCCGGCUACACCGUCAAGAAGAUCAUCGGCGCAUGAGCCGCGCGAGCGAGACUCCGACUGCUGUGGUGUGCGUAGAGAGAAAAAAAAAAGCAAUCGUAAAACAAAAAAGAGUGAUUAGUAGUCGUAUGCAUAGGAACAAAAAAAAAUUGAGCCAUGGAAAGUGUGCUCAUUCGAACAUAAAACAAUACUGCUCGGCAGUAAGACCAAUAUGUUAAGAGCUCAGAGUUCAUUCAAAUAGCGUUCCUCUUUCAACACUGUUACGAAUUCAUCUGACCAAUUUUUUUUAGCCUUUUACUCAUAUCAUUACUGUGUGUGUGUGUGUGCGUAGUUUUGUGAACCCUUAAUCGUUCUGGAGACGCUCGUGUCGAAACAUUCAACUGUAGAUGAUCCUAGGCAAAAACCUUAAUUGUGAUUACAAAUGUCUGCAGCACGUAAGAGCAUGAAAAAAUUAGUAAAAAUUAGCUAACUUAUUUUUUUUUUUUGUAAGUUCUUAUACUGUGUAUAACAAAAAAUCGUUUUAAAUCCCAUGGUUUACAAUAUGGAGUAAGGUUUGCUUAUUCUAAAGCAGUGGUCUUUGACCUUUUUUUUUUUAAUCAAGGCCCUAUUGUUUCCUUAGCCAAAGUAUUGCGUGCCGCUUUGUAUCUCGGUUCAAAUCCAUUCAAAUUGUUUGCAAAGCCUACAAAUAUUACCUAAAACAUUUGUCUGAAAAUUUCUGACGCAACCAAUCACUGCAAAGAGUGGAUAAAAAUGGGUUGAAAUACAAAAA